CUCGCAAGCUCAACGUGUCGUUUGUCUAUUGGCAGCCGGAUUGCAACUUCGUGGUGGCGGCAACAGCGGAUGCGGAUCUCCGUUCCGUUCCGACUGCGAGCACGUGCGCCGGACAAUGAUCCCCAACCAGAUAAAAGGACGCGGCGGCGGCUAAAUUCCGCUUCCAUGGAGAUUCCCUCCACUAAAUGGUGAAUUGGCGGUACACGUGUUCAUUUAUCACUGGAUCAUUCAAUACCCCCUCAUCUUUUUCCCUUUCCCGUCAAAACUUUCUUGAACUUUUCAAUCACUUCGUUUUCAUUUUGCAAAAUUUUCGAUCGGGUUGUGAGAUUCGUAUUCGGAAUCGGAGUAGAGCUACGGUCGACGACGCUCUGAUCGCGAUCCGAUGGAUCCAUUAGAGGAUCCGAGUUGUUGGGAUUUUCUUAAUUACACCUUGUUCGUCGCCGACGACAAUAUCAACCCUACGCUCGGUCCUUUGUGGUCUAAUGAUUCAAGGGAUAGUGGUGCGGAAACCGAUGUUUCAGCCGGGCGCGUCGAAUCUGAAGAAAACGAAAUCUCGCGGAAGAGGGCACGAGAUGGGUCGUGCACUAGAUCAACUUCAAAAGCUUGCCGUGAGAAGUUGCGGAGAGAAAGGCUAAAUGAUAGAUUUCUAGACUUGAGCCUUGCUUUAGAACCUGGCAGACCUACCAGAACUAACAAGCCGGCCAUACUCGACGAUGCCAUUAGAGUGUUAAAUCAAUUAAGGAGUGAAGCUGAAGAUCUCAAACAAACUAAUGAAAAAUUACGAGAAGAAGUGGAGUGUUUAAAGGCAGAGAAGAAUGAUCUUCGGAAAGAGAAAAUCAUUUUGAAGGAAGACAAAGAAAGGAUCGAGCAACAGUUGAAAUCUGUAGCCAUUCCACCUCCAGGGCUCAUUCCUGGUCAUCCAGCUGCAUAUCAUGCUGCUCCAGGUAAGAUGGCUGUUUUCCCCGGUUAUGGUUUGAUCCCAAUGUGGCCAUAUCUUCCUCCAUCGGUACGUGAUACAUCUCAAGAUCACGAGCUCAGACCUCCUGCCGCCUAGUUAAUUUUGCCACCUUUGAAUAAUUAGAGUUUCUCUUUGUUUCAUCCCUACAUUUUUGGUUCACCAACAUGUAAGUAUUUCUCAAAACACAUUUCCUGAUUUUAUUGCAAACAACUAGUUGCAAAAUGAAAGCAGAAUUUGCAAGGACGUUGUUUGAUACUCUUUUUAGUAAUUUUCAUUCAAUGCCCAUUAUCUUUGU